UUGGUGAUAAGAGAUUUUACCUCACACCAUGGACAGUGUUUAACUCAACGUAUCUUUUCUCUUUGGAGGAAAGCAGAACCAAAUUCUGCGAUUAUUUGCCAUCUUUCGAUGACAGAAAGUCGAUUAUUUCGCUUUGCUUGACGGGAUCAAGAAAGAUGACGGAGUUAGUAGAGGAAAUGCCGGAUGAGGGAUACGGGUGCGUGGUCGCUAAUCGCUUCGGCCGGCUGCUAGACGACGAAUCUGACCCUUUCGACAUCUUAUUCGCGGCAGAGGCCGGCAAACGGCAGAAGAAAAAGAAAGAAGAGCCAAAGAAAACGUCUACCGCGGCGAAAACUGGAAAGAAAGAGUCCCAGAAAGAAAGGAAAACCAUACUUCCCGGCGUUGGGGGUGGACAAGCAGGCCAAAUUCGCCUCGCGCGCGGAGAAGUGGUGGAGAGGGUAGAGAGGCGCGUGAGUUUUGAGCGCAAAUUCAACGAUGCUGACAACACACCCCUCAGCUUCUCAGUUGAGAGGCCUGUGGAUGUAUUUGAUAGGGCCAGCAGAGGAAGAGGUAAUGGCAGGGGACGAGGAGCCCGAGGCCCAGGAUAUCCAAGAUCAAAUGAUGGAUUUGACCAGAGAGGAAAGAGGGAAUUUGAAAGGCAUAGUGGCAGUGACCGGGCGAGUGUCCGUUCAGAAGAGAAGCGAGGUGGCAGUGGAUCUCGCAACUGGGGUUCUGUGAAAGAUCAUAUGAGUGAAAUCGAAGAUGGAUCACCCAGUGAAGAGGUUGGAGAAAGUGAGGAGACCCCUGAGAUAGUGGAGACUGAUGGAGAAAACAGGCCAUCUGAGACUGAGGAAGUGAUUGAGGUUGCUAUAGAGAUGACACUGGAUGAGUGGAAGGCCCUACAGGAGCAAAACAGGCCUAAAGUGGACCUAAAUAUCCGCAAGGCAGACACCGCUAUGCCUUCCAAAGCUGUGGUCAUCCACAAGUCUAAAUUCCUCACAAAAAAUGAAGAUGGCAUGGAAGAAGAGGAAAUGGUUUUUCGUCGUCCAGCCAAUGACAUCACGCGUCAAUUGGAGAUCAACUUUGGCAGCUUGGCUCGGCCCUCUCGUGGUGGGAGAGGCGGACGAGGUGGUCGUGGCCGUGGGGCUCCGACAAUGCCGUCCCAAAGAUCUCCCCAAAAAUAUGAAGCAGCUCCAAACCCAGAUGAUCCUGAGGAUUUCCCUGCACUGGGUUAGUGCUCCUCCAGAGAAGGAUGGGGAAGAGCAAACAGUUCUGCAACCUACUUUGGUAACAAUGCAGUGGGCAAAGUGCACUUAAAAUACAUGCAAAUUAAAAUAAAAAUAUGCACGCCUUG